CGGCGGCCGGGGCAGUGCGCCUGUGCGGCCAGCGCAUCUCGAUGGAGCACCGCGGUGCCUGCGGGGCGGCAGCCGGUACGGAGGGGACUACGCGGGCCCCCCCGCUUCCCGGGAAGAUGGCCGAGCCAGGCGCGGUACGGACCUCGCCGCCCAACCACCGGCCUUCAGGCAUGGAUGGAUUUUUAAAAUCCGAUGAGAGACAACGCCUAGCUAAGGAAAGACGAGAAGAAAGAGAAAAAUGUCUUGCUGCUCGGGAGCAGCAGAUCCUGGAGAAACAGAAAAGAGCCAAGCUGCAGUACGAAAAGCAAAUUGAGGAGCGAUGGCGGAAACUGGAAGAGCAGCGGCAGCGCGAGGAGCAGAAGAGGGCUGCCGUGGAGGAGAAGAGGAGGCAGAAGCUCCGGGAGGAGGAGGAGCGGCUGGAGGCGAUGAUGCGCAGGUCUCUGGAGCGCACGCAGCAGCUGGAGCUGAAGAAGAAGUACUCGUGGGGACCAUCACUGGCCUCGGGGACUGGAGGACGUGACGGUGAAUCAGGAAAUACCCCACCCCCUCCUCUAGGUUUAGCAGCCAGCACCCUCCCUCCGGACCCAGGGACCGCUGCCGCCGCUGCUGAGUCCACCAACGCAUGUGACAAACUUUCAACAUCAGCCAUGAAUUUACCAAAGCAGACGGAGCCUCCCAUGAGUAAGCGCCUGUCUUCAUCCACCGCGGCAAUAUCCCAUUCCCCAGACCGAGUAUCCCAUGCCUGUCCUCGUCUAGCUCCUGCUGGUGGCCCCCUUAAGUCUUCUUAUAAGUCUUCUCCCACUCGAAAUGCUGAGAGGAAGAAGACUACAUCUACAUCUGGCGUGGGAGAUGCUGGGAAAGGAGCCCCUGCAGGAGCGGAGGCCUCUCCGACGGAGAAGAUGAAGAGGGGGCCUCGAACAACAACUUCCGUUCCCGGCGUGGGCCUCAUGUCCCCUCUGAAAAGAUGCGAUUUUCCAACAGGAGUUUCUAAGAGGUCAUCUUCUCCCGUGACACCCAAGGCAACUUCAAAAGCGUAUCCACAGUCUCCAAAGAAUGUGAAGCCGCCAUACCUAGGGUCUCCGGUGAAGUACCGCCUUCCUGCCUUUUCUGGCCAGGAAACACCCAAGAAGAAAGCAGACAAAGAGAAGAGCAACAAGGAAAGGGAGGGCGCCCUGGCUCAGCAGGCGGCCGGCCUGCCCGGAGAGGAGGCCCCAGAGAAGCACGUGGCGGACAGGCACGCCACCGAGAAGCACGCGAGCGGGAGGGCCGAGGGUGCUGGAGCCUCGUGGAAGCCCACAGCGGGCACCACUGAUGCAGGAGAGGCUGCAAAGAUCCUGGCAGAAAAGAGACGACAGGCCCGGCUGCAGAAGGAACAGGAAGAGCAGCAACGGCUGGAGAAGGAAGAACAAGACAGGCUGCAGAGAGAGGAACUGAAGAGAAAGGCAGAGGAGGAACGACGUCGCCUAGAAGAGGAAGCCCGUAGGCAGGAAGAGGAAAAGAAGAGGCGGGAGGAGGAGGAGGAAAGGAAGGCGGCGGAGGCCAAGCGGAGGGCCAAGGAGGAGCUGCUGCUGAAAGAAGAGCAAGAAAAGGAAAAACAAGAAAAAGAAAAGCAAGAAAAAGCCAUGAUCGAAAAGCAGAAGGAAGCAGCAGAAGCAAAGGCCCAGGAGGCAGCUAAACAGAUGCGUCUCGAAAGAGAGCAGAUCAUGCUGCAGAUCGAACAGGAGCGGCUGGAGAGGAAGAAGAGAAUAGAUGAAAUUAUGAAGAGAACAAGGAAGAGUGAUGUGUCUCUGGAGGUGAAGAAAGAAGAAGCGAAAGUGGAGCUUCAGCCUGCUGUGUGUGUGGAAAAUAAGAUAAAACCAGUGGUCCCCAGCAAAAUAGAAAUCAAUGGAUUGAACACCUGCCAGGAAGUUAAUGGUGUGGAACGUGCUGCCCCAGAAACUUUCCCUCAAGAUGUUUUUGCUAAUGGACUUAAACCAGCUGGGGGACUUGUUCACCUGGAUGCCCUGGAUGGGAAAUCAAACAGUCUGGAUGAUUCCACUGAAGAAGUUCAGUCUAUGGAUGUGAGUCCUGUUUCGAAAGAAGAGCUUAUCUCUAUCCCAGAAUUUUCACCAGUGAAUGAAAUGAUUCCUGGGGUAUCUCUGGACCAAAAUGGAACUGGUAAUGCCCGGGCCCUUCAAGAUCUCUUAGAUUUCACUGGCCCCCCCAUUUUCCCCAAGAGAUCCAGCGAGAAUCUCAGCAUGGAUGACUGUAACAAAAACCUGAUUGAAGGAUUCAACAGUCCUGGCCAGGAAAACACUCUGAACACCUUCUGUUGACCAUCAUCUCCUUAAUGCAAGGUGGUGGUUGCAGAACCGGCGAAGCUGCCGGUAGUCCGGUCGGAGCUGCUGGCCCUCUGAAGAAGCUUCUGUCGUCCUUAACCGCUGGAUUCCAAAUUAUUAAAGCAAAGCGUAACUGCAUCUCCUAGUUAGUAUGUCAGACACAGGCCCCUCCCGGUAGAACCUCGAGACGCUGGCCUUGUCGGGCUUUCGCGCAGUUUCGUGUCCGGUUACCCCCACGAGCUUCAGCUGCUGACACAGCCCUUCCAUGCUACUCUCUUGCCAUAGUGAGCCUCUGAAUACCCCGAGUGAUUUCGGCUUGGAAAUUCACCUCAUGACCCUUCUUAUUCCCAAACCUGGAGCAUAUGAACAUUGAGAUGUCUGUUCUUGUAAAUACUCUAGACACGUACCCGGACUCUCCUUAAACAUAUACCCAACCUGGGCUGCGCAUCUCCCUGCCUGUGCUUCGAAGGAGAAGAAAUUCCAGAGGGUCUCCCCAUCUCUGGGGUUUCUCUGCUGAAGUUGCCAUCAGGAAGCUGGCUUUUGUUAUUAAGCUCAGCCACCUGCACAGAGUGUCGGCCCCCCUUACCCCUUGGACAGCCGGUGGCGGCGUGGGUCUGGUUGCGGGAGGGGCCGUUGGCCGGCGUGGAGCGCCGCCCGCCCUCCUAGGCCCGGUCUUCUGGACGCGGGCGCCUGAAUCCCGCAAGGACCUUUCGUGUUGCACCUCAGAACCUCCAAGCUGUAGCCCCUCCAAACCCUCGAGCGACCUCUGGGCUGAAUGAAUUGGGCGUCUCCUGCACAGGUGGUUGCUUUUCAUGUUGUUGCUGUAGUUUCUCUCUUGGAUCUUGGGGCUUCUGUUUGUUCGUUUACUCAACUCGAAUGACGGCAGUCACGAAUGAAAAGCAUGGCGCUCUGAAUCAAGGGGGCCCUGAUCUGGGCCCAGCGUGUCACUUGGGCCGCCUUUAACUUACCAACAUCCGGAUGGGGACAAAUGAUGGUAGAAUGUAUACGCCACAUGUUUUCUGCCGUGUGACGAUGUGUUUCCUUCAUUUCAUUUCUUGUGGUGAAAUGUGACUUUCAGAUUAAAAUAACCUUUUCUUCUUUGAAAGCUUUUUUUGUUUUUUGGUCUUGUAUGAUAAAGAAUUUGAAAAGAUCCAUAAUUCUGACCGAGGUUUGCAACCAGGAGAGAAAAAGGAAUCCUAAUAACAAUCUUGUUUAUGUGCUUUUAAAACCAGCUGCAGUGUGAGACUGUAUUAGUUAUGGAAGCUGUGUAUGUUUGUGUAUGUGUAUAUACUAAAUAAAAUCUAUGCCUCCAGUAACACAGUGCCAUUGAUCUUGGUGAAUAUCGGGAGGAAGCUCCUUUCGUGACAAGCACACAGAAAAUCACAGCAUGGUCUGACUUUCAAAAAAUGCCUUGCCGUCUUUCUCACACGCCCUGUUUUGCUGAAUGUCUGUCUGGUUGUGGUCUGUUGUACCUCACAGCACCAUUGUGAUUGUGGCGAUGCCUCAUUUGCAUGAUGUGUACAUGGUGUGUACUGUGAAAUACAUUGUCACUGAAGCGUC